UAUGUAUGCUAUCCACUUCUCUGACUUAGCAUAGCUACAUGACCGUGCUCUUUUACAUUUCACAGGACUACACGCUGACUAUGUACUUCCAGCAGUAUUGGAGAGAUAAGAGGCUGGCUUAUGCAGGGAUCCCUCUCAACCUGACACUAGACAACAGAGUAGCAGACCAGCUCUGGGUCCCAGACACCUAUUUUCUCAAUGACAAGAAGUCCUUUGUGCAUGGUGUCACAGUAAAGAACCGGAUGAUUCGACUUCACCCGGAUGGCACUGUUCUCUAAGGCCUCAGAAUCACGACGACGGCGGCCUGCAUGAUGGAUCUGAGGCGAUACCCGCUGGACGAGCAGAAUUGCACUCUGGAAAUUGAGAGUUAUGGUUACACAACAGAUGAUAUAGAGUUUUACUGGAAAGGAGGAGAAACUGCUGUGACCGGGGUAAAACGCAUUGAGCUCCCUCAGUUCUCCAUAGUGGACUACAAACUGGUUUCCAGGAAUGUAGUCUUCUCCACAGGUGCCUACCCUCGACUGUCUCUGAGCUUCAAGCUGAAGCGAAACAUCGGAUACUUCAUCCUGCAGACGUACAUGCCCUCCAUCCUCAUCACCAUCUUGUCCUGGGUGUCGUUCUGGAUAAAUUAUGACGCCUCAGCUGCCAGAGUUGCAUUAGGGAUCACCACUGUGCUGACCAUGACAACCAUCAACACCCAUUUGAGGGAGACGUUGCCCAAAAUCCCCUACGUCAAAGCCAUAGACAUGUACCUGAUGGGCUGCUUCGUGUUCGUCUUCCUGGCUCUGCUGGAAUAUGCCUUCGUCAACUACAUCUUCUUUGGCCGAGGUCCUCAGAUGCAGAAAAAGCUGGCCGAAAGGGCGCAGAAGGCAAAUAAUGACCGCAGUAAAUUUGACAGGCCCAAGGUCGACUCCCAGGGGAACAUUUUGCUGACAACCUUGGAGAUCCACAACGAGGUGGGAGGGAACGAGAUAACAACCAGUCUGAGCGAGACCCACAACUCGUCCUCCAUGGUCUUCGACAACUCAGCUAUCCAGUACAGAAAGCCAAGCGGGUCACGCGAGUCGGUCCGCCACAGCCUGGACAGGAACGCACAUCUUAAGAAAACCCGUCUACAAAGACGGUCCUCGCAGCUCAAAAUCAAAAUCCCAGACCUCACUGAUGUGAAUGCCAUCGACAGAUGGUCACGGAUUAUAUUCCCCUCUGCCUUCUCCCUCUUCAACCUCAUCUACUGGCUUUAUUAUGUUCAUUAAUGCACAGUGUUUUUUUUAAGCCCAUGUGAUUCUGGUUUAUGACUGAGAGAAGCCUUGUGUGGCCGACCCGACACGGCAACGUCCUGAACGCUUUUUUAACAUGAUAUGUGCAGAAAGAAUCAUGCACAGCCACAAGGAUUUACCUGCAGAACAUGCAUCUUACAAAGACUUGCAUGUGAAGUCAGCCCUGUGAUCACCUGCGACUCUAUCACACAAACUGAAACACACUUUUGCAGCACUGCAUCUCCAAAAGAUGAUUUAAGUUGGUUUCGAUGAGCUGCUGAAACCUUCCCCUAUAAUUUCAGUAUAACAUGUGGCCACACUAUUAAAUUUGAUCGUAAAGGUUUGUAGUAUUAUGACAGCGCUAGCCUUCCUUAUAUCUGCACAUGGACAAAGGCGGACCUGUAAGAUCCCAUGCACCCAGACUAAACAGAUUUUGCCCAGGCGGGAAAUUAUUUGGUAUGAAAUCAGCCAUAAAGGAAUAGUUGUGAUAUUUUGGGAAAUGUGAUAUUACAAAAGCCAAGUUGAGAUAAAAAUGACAUUAAAACAAUAAGGCUGCAUCCAGUUUUGUUAUUUUUCACGAUGCCCUUUGUUUGUCGUAUUAUAUACAUCCAGCAUACCCCUUUUCCUUACAAUUGUGCACUUUUGUUUCUCCCAAAAUGCCAAAGCUCGUUAAGUGUUUAGUUCCAGUUGCUUCAAGACGAUAGAAACAGAGUCUGUGGUCAACAAGCUCAAUCUAUAAGUUGUACCAAGGUUACAGGAGCUGGACCGUGUGUUGUUGUCCCUGUGCCGUGUGUUCAAAUGUUCCGUAGACUUGAGAUCAUUUGGUUUCAGUUCAAAUUGUAUUUAAAUUUAAUGGAAAUACUACUUUCUUAAAAAGUUCAGUAGGUUUUUACUGAUCCUACUGACCAAAAUCUUUGUUAGCAUUUCUGCUAAUCAAAUAGUUUAAUGCUAUGCUCAUUUCUAUCCUGUAAGUUCUUGUUGAUGAUGGAAAGUAACUAUAACACGUUACUCUAUGAUAUCAAAACAGAGCCAUGUCUUUGCAGUCGGUAACAAUAAUGACCUUCCUGACACAACAUGUAGUAUUUCUGUAAAAGUAGAGUUAGGAUUAUCGCAUGUCAUUGAUGAUGACUCAGAAAGUUGAGUAUAAAUACCAAUAUCCAAUCAACUUAGCUUAAUUUUCAGAACCCAAUUUUAAACAACAGGAAUAGAACCAGUACUGCAUUUUAGAAAUAACUUUAUUCUCUCAUUUAGUGCCAUGAAUGAAAGAUUUUUAAAAGGUUGGAAGAGCUAGCCCUAAUCGUAUUUCUGAUGCUAACACAUCAUGCCACUUCAACCACUGCAAUAAAAUUGUCAUUUUAACAUUUUUGUGUGAACAAAUUAGGUCAUGAGUGAUGUUUUGUGUUACUCUGUGGGCUUUUGAGGCUAGUACAUGGAUUAUUUUCAUAUUUGUUCAAAGCAAUGCUAGCAAUUUACCGCUAAGCUAGGCUAAUCCUCUAAAGAAAAUGCAAAAAUAAAAGGACUUCCCAAAAUAUCAAACUAUUUUAUCAACGUGUGCAUUUACACAUUUUCAAAAUGCCAUAUUUCCGACAAAAACUGGAGAGAUUGUGUGACCUUAGUACAAAGGUUUCCAGGCUUUUGUAGUGAAUUUUUUAUCGAGGAAUGUAUUAGAACAGUUUACAUCGUCCCACUAUUUUUGUCACGUUGCUUUCUGUUGAUUUUGUGAAACACGUACAUAAUACAGCACAAUCCAUAACUUCCUUGUUUGUUUCAGACUGCAUGUUGUACUGAGGACUGAGUCGUGGCUGCAGAUCCCGACCCUCUGGGGAUUUGAUGUACAUACUGUAACUGUGCACAUUUUCUCUCAGCUCACAGUAAUUACAUGGCUAUGUUGUCAACGGUGUUUUGCUCAGUGAUUUCUGGCCUCGCUGUUCUGUUUUUGUUAGUCUUUACACAAACUUAUCAUUUCCUUUUUGUGACAGUAAAUAU